UCUUUCUCUCGCUCGUCCACCACUGCUUUCUGAAAAUGUCUGCAACUGCUAUAGCACAAGUUCGUACUGCAUCUGGAGGGACAAAAGGAACCCGUAAACGUCAGCGGGGCCGAGGGGGAAACGUUAGAGGGAAACCGCAGAACACCGAUACGAAUGGCGGCACCGAAUCUGGACCUGUGGCAGUCGAGCAAACGGAGAAGGAAAUAAUUGCUGAAGAUGGGAAAGCUAAUGAGGCUUCCACUCAAGAAGAUACGGGUGACGACGCUGUAUGCUGGAUUUGCGCUGAGCCAGUCAAGUAUUAUUCAGUAUCACAGUGCAACCAUCGCACUUGCCAUGUCUGCGCCUUGCGACUUAGAGCACUGUAUAAGAAGAACGACUGUACAUUCUGCAAGGAACCUCAGUCAACAGUAAUCUUCACGACAUCUGAAGACGCGCCGUUCUUGUCCUUUACGGAUGAAUCGACCCCGUAUAAAGAUGCCCGACUGUCAAUAUCAUUCGAAACUGAGGAAAUGAUGCAGGAGUCGCUCAUUCUUCUUCGUUUCAAUUGCCCGGACGCGGACUGCGACUUCAUCGCAAAAGGAUGGGCAGAUCUUAAGCUGCACGUCCGUGCAACGCAUAAUAAAUUGAUGUGCGAUCUCUGUAUACGGUCCAAGAAGGUCUUCGCCCACGAACAUGCUUUAUACACGUUCCCCCAGCUAGCUGCUCACCUUCCGUCGAUGAAUCAUCGAGCUAAAGUCUCGCCUGAUCAAAUUGAAGGUGGUGUGCACCCGUUGUGUCAGUUUUGCCGAGAGUGUUUCUUCGACGGUGAUGAACUUUUCUCGCAUAUGCGAGAGAAACACGAGGAAUGCUUCCUAUGCAAGAGAAAUGGUGUCAGAGAUCAAUAUUUCCAGAACUACGAGAGUCUGGAAAGCCACUUUAAUAAUGCCCAUCAUCCAUGCAUGCAGGGCGCCUGUCUAGCCCAGAAAUUCGUCGUGUUUAACACCCCGCUUGAUCUUAAGGCUCAUAUGGUCGAGGAACAUGGCGCCGACAUGAGCUCUCGAGACAAAAAGGAUGCCCGACGUGUGCCUGCUCAGUUUGAGUUUGAGGAUACACCUAGUAGAAGAGGUGGAGGCCGAAGGGAUCGAGAACACGAAAGGGAACCUCCCCCGCGUCAGCCACCCCCUUCUGCGCCUGGUCCAUCCAGACCACCGGGUGCAGGGAGAAGACGAGAGGGAUUCGGUGCCAGCUUGACGACGAAUGACAACGCGAGUACCACGUCGCUUCCUACACCGCCGGUGGUAAGCCGCCGCUCUUCUCCCUCUCCUACCCGAGAGCCUGUCGAUCCUGCCAUCUUAGAGAAACACACGGCGUUUCUCGCUCGCCUACAGAGUUUUGCAGCCAAUCCUACCACGGCUAUGCCGGCUGUGAGGGCAGCGAUCCGAGGAUACCGUGCAUCUGAGUCGAGCGCCAAAGACUUGAUUUCAACUAUAUGGAACGUACUGGAUUGCCACCUUGAGCACACGGCUAGCAUCAUCAAUGCAUUCGUCGACCUUCUGGAAGAAGACGAGAAGAAGCAAGAUAUUUUGAGGUCAUGGAAGAGCUUUGAGAUUGAGCAACGUCGUCAAUUCCCGGAUCUUGUUCCAUCUUCGGUGGGCAAUGAGUACGCUGGUAUUACAUCUGGUCGUGUACUGAACGCCAAACACUCCACUGGCUCGCGCUCUUCCCAACAGUCCUCUCGGCAGGUUCUUGAUCGUGUCGCCAGGGCAGCGUCGUCGUCGUCGACAUUGUCAGCAGCCCCUACGGCUGUCGCCAGAUUCCCUCCUUUAUCAUCACAGACAGCGUCUUCCUCUUCUCCCGCGUUCCGUCAACCUCAGCACAAGACCCCGUGGUCCACUGGUGGCGCCUCAGCAUCCCGCGGACCCACGCUCGUACCCAGCUCUCUUCCUGGCCCAUCAGCCAAAGCUCCCCGUCCUCCUCCUCCCAAGCUAAAUGAAGCCUCCUUCCCGGGAUUGCCAAGCACAGCUCCGAGGGCCAAACCGCUCAUCGGUGGCAACACGUCGCUGAGGAACAUCUUGGGCACCUCAACACCACCCCCUCAGACGGUCUGGAGUGCGACCUCGAGUUCUAGUGCGUCUCCUGCUCCUGAUGCCGCCCCCGAAGAGUCAGUUCCAAAGGGGAAGAAAAACAAGGGGAAGCAGAAGCAGACUCUGUUCCACCCUGGGUACCUUCCCUACGUGAUUCUUCGCCUUUUAGAUGAUUAGACUUGGAGUGGACAUCGGUAUGUUAUGUAGGAAGUUUGUCAAAAUAUUUCAAUGUACUUCUUGGCCACAGUUAUAUGCAAUCCAAUGCGUUUACAUCCAAUGAUACUUACUUUGGUGCUAAUGGUGGGGCUAUGUCCAUGUUGCGGCAAGCGAUUUAUACAUUGGCAGCGCCCUCGUUAGUUGUUUUCCGUUCAGGUUAUAUCAACUUCUCUGCUGUCUCAUUGUCAAGAAACGAG